AUGUAUGCUCAUAGCUCUGGACUAUGGCUUCGGAGAACAUACAGUCAUGAUCAGGUGGCUGACGUUCACUGUGUUGCUGUACGCUCUCCCGACGACCUGCAAGACAUCGUUAUCACCUAUCCCAGUGAUCAUCUGCAUGCAAAUGACCUGGCUAGUCUGCUGCCUGGCCUCUCUCCAAAAGAUUUCUCCUCUUUGGCUGCCAGCACCACCACGAUUGUGCAUAACGGUGCUACAGUUUCUUUCCUCCAACCUUACGCUUCUCCCCAUGCAGCGAAGGUAACGUCGAUUAAAGAGCUCAUUUAUCUAGUAACACCCCGCCGAAUUCCGUUUUACUACGAAUCUACAGCCGGCGUUGCCGAGCUAACAAGUCUGUCGUCGCUGCGCGAGAAGUCAGUAGCGGAACGCAUUCCGCCAGCGGGUGCGAGUGGAUAUACGACAAGUAAAUAA